CACCGCCCCUAUGCCCGUCUGACAGCCCCUGAUAUGGAUUACAUCAGGGAGUUCGACAUCCGGCUGGACCGCGAGAUGUACUACGCGGGGGAGACCGUCAUGGGCCACGUGCUGCUCGACACCGUCGAAAACUUCAAACUGCGCGCGGUCCGCGUCGUCCUGAGGGGGAAGGCCCAUGCAGAGUGGAAGGUGGUCCUCAGCGGGGACCGAAGGACCGUCAAGGACGACCAGUACUUCAUCGACGACCGGGCCAUCAUCUGGGGAUCAGACAAGCCGGAGGGCAACGUACCCAUCCUGCCCCGGGGCCACCACCAGUUCCCUUUCAAGUUCCAGCUCCCGGAGUCGUCUCUGCCCUGCUCCUUUGAGAGCAAGCCCGGCUUCAUUCGCUACUACAUCAAGGUGACGGUGGAUAUCCCCUACGCGUCGCCGCCACAGGGGAUGAAGUACUUCACCAUCAUCGGACCGCACAUCGACUGCAUGGACGACCAGUACCUCAAGCCCAUGGUGGGGCAGGACAAGCGGCCCACCUGCUGCCUGUGCUGCCAGAAGGGCGCCGUGAUGCUGCACACCCAGCUGGAGCGCAGCGCCUACUGCUCCGGGGAGAGCCUCAAGCUGCGCGCGUCCGUGGAGAACCAGGGCGAGGAGUCGGUGCGCCUCAAGGUGCGCCUCAUGCAGUACGUGGAGUACUUCAUCGACCGGGGCAUGCUGGGCGUGACCAAGGAGCUGCAGCACCUGGUGCUGGAGUACCGCGGCGAGGAGGUCGGCCCGCACACGCACCGCACCUGGGACUCGGGCGGGACGCUGCGCCUGCCCGUCAUGCCACCCUCCCUGGUCGGCGUGUGCCGGCUGCUGCAGAUCUACUACGUGCUCAAGGUCAACCUCGAGUUCGAGCGCUCGGGCGACGACCUGCAGAUGCACUUCCCGCUGACCAUCGCCACGGUCCCGUUCCGGAUCCCCAACAGUCCGCAGCAGCCCAACAUUCAAUACGAGGUGGCGAGCGAGCACGUUGAGGGCGGCACCUACAUCGGCCCCGAGUUCCUGUUGGGGCAGGUGUACGACGGCAGCACCAGCCUCCCGCAGGAGACCGUCGUGCUGUACAGGCCCGUGUACGUGUCGGUCGUGCCCAAGGAGUGAUGCCUGCCCGCCGUGGUUGACCGGCAGACAGCUAGAACAAGAACUAAAGGGCCCAAACGUGUACCAUAUCCUCGAGUGAAAUGGACGAGACAUUAAGUGUGUGACGUCACAUUAAGAAAGGACCUGUUUCAGUCAAACUGACGUGUGUGUCAAUUUUGUUUUUCGUGUCGAACUCAUCAUUGGUGAAAAUACACCGAAGAGGACCAAGGUGUAGGGCACACCACAACGGGCGGACAGGCCGCCGAGCGGGCCGCGCAGGGUGAAAUAAUGAGUAAUGUGAGUAGCUAGCUAUGGUUUGUGAUAAGCGCCGCAGGUCGGCCCCGCAGCACCAGCGAGACAGUAGAGGAAGUAUAUAGUUGUUCUUGAUACAAUUAUUAAUAAUAAUUAUAAAUAUAACUUGUGUGUUUCGUCGUGGUUUAUAUUUAUUGUAAAAAAAGUGUGGUUUCAAUUAUUAAAUAAUUUUAUGAGAUUCGUCGCCUUUCUUCAAAGUGUGGAGGGAAGGUGGUAUCAAUUAUCAUUUAGGGUGUACACAUCUACGUUGACCAGUUACCGACCUUGAAUUUGAAAUUGUGAUUGUUCUGAUGCUCGCAAGAAAAGCGCCAUCCUCGAGACUUUUACGACUGCCUGCUGGUAGGCAUCCCACACUACGCGCAGUACGAAGGGUUGCCUACUACACCGGCACCAGAGCUCGGCCAGAAUCAUCAUAAACAAAUUCAGGGUUGUCAUCAUUAAUUUUUAGAAAGGGAAAUGAUGGCACUCUCCCUAUGAAUAGGUCUUAUUUUUGAGAGAAGAACAGUUAAGUGCUCAGUUAAUAAAUGUCUAAUUCUUCUUGACAAGAGCAAAUUUGGGUCAUGAGUAAUCAUAUAUAUUAUUUUUCCAUUGGACUUUGUACAAUUUUUAAGGUUUAACUAUAUUCUUGUCCCGCAUCCAGUACGUACCCAAUAACCAAAAGUUACCACAAAUAUGUACUGUAAGUAGGCUCCUCAUUUGGUACAAGCAAAACAAGGGAGGUAUACACGUGGCUUUAAGUACACUUUUACAAGUGCUCAAAUUGUGACUUUUAAAACUGAUGCGUUUUUAUGCACAACUGAAUUACAUCUUUAAAUAAUUGAAUAAUAUGUACUGGGAAUGAUAAAUCAAUUUCAAGUUAGAGUUAAUAAGUAUAAAAAUAAUGAAGAUGCAAUGUGUCAUAAUAUCCUUUAAAAGCUAAUUUCUUUCCUUGGACUAUUUUGCAGAAUUUUCCAAUUCUUCAAAAAAUUUGAAAUUUUACAAUGCAAUUUUAAAUGUGAGUAUUCUUGGUAUGAAAACCACAAAACUAGCCAAUUUAAAAACUUUACUAGCAUUUCCAGAUGUCCAGGCAUGGUUGCUAAUCAUCCAGUGCCCCUAAAAGUUUUUAUGUGGACACAGCAGUGAAGUCGGAUCUUUUGUUGCAAUUUUGUAGAGUAAAUGUUUAUAUAAGUCCAAGAUCUAAAUGUCCUGAGAAGUCCAUUAAUUCAAACACAGAUCUUUCCUACAAACUUAAUUUCUGGUACAGAAGUAGUUACAUCACUGGUAUGUUAAGUGUUUAACUGGCAAGCACCUGCAAGUUAGAGUCCUAUACUGCAAGUGUGUAACACCUUGUCGCAUACAUUCAGAUGUUUGACGGAAAACUUGAAUACAUACUUGUAAGUGUUGAGCUGGAAAUUUUACGACUUCCAAUUGUGCAACGUGCCAGCUUCAUGAUCAGAAUGAAAACAGUGAAAUGUUUCAUCUUACACAAGAUCUUGCAAGUGAAAGUCAAACACUGUAGAGUGCAGUGUUGUUGAAUGUAUCUGCCAAGAUAUUUGAUAACAAAUACAAUAUUAAUGACUAAAAUGUGUUUAGCUCUGUGAUUAGAAUAUGACUUUGUAGUUUUCAAAACCCUUAAGAAAAUUCAUGAGAAUAUUUAGACAAAAUAUUACUUAACUACUGCAAUAAAUAGAAUAAAUAAGAGAGAAACCAUACAGGUAAAACUCUUUGAACUAAGAAAAGCAAUGAACACUACAGAGAAAAAAAAUAUCCUUCAAUGAGAAAGCUUGAUGCUGUGUAAUAUAUUGGUUAAAAGUUUUCUUCAUGUACUUUGAGGUUCUUGAAAUGUUAAUAAAUAUUAUGACUGAAAAUUUCAAAUAAAGAACAAAUAACACUCAGAAAUUUCUGUGUUCUAGUUGUUCUAGUACAAAUGAAUAACCUGAACCUAAACCAGAGCUUUCAAAAGAUCAGUAAACAUACAUGCUAAGACAAAGAUAAUUAGGGCGCAUUUCCAUUUAUGAUGUAAAUGUUUUAUUGAAAAAUUGUACAGAGAAAUUUAAAUGUCUAAUUAAACAUGAUCAAAUGCAGAUGUGGUGAAAUAUAAGCAGGACGGCAAUCAAAAUGUGCACUUGAUUUUCUUAUAAGAACUUGCUACCAAGACUGAUUUGUGAGAAGAUGUCUUAGAACAUUACACCA